UGUUUACGUUCUGAGUGAGAGACAGCUCACCCGCCUGAGACCAAACAACCAACGUUGUUGUGUAUAUUAGGGAGUCGUUUCCAAUGGAUGACUUUGUGAUGUGUUUGAUAAGAAUGAUGUAGAAAUGAAAAGGAAGAACCAGAAGGUCGACUGAUCCGCGAAGCCACAGAGUAACUGACAACUAGGUCGAGGUAAUGUCCCAGAUCCCCGGUACAGAAGGAGUCCUUUCUCAGAAAGACCCCCCCAGCAGUGACUCCGCCUCUCAACCCCAGGCUUACAAACCCCCCCUUCCAGAGGCGCCCCCGGUGAUGGACGAGGUCUCUCCCUCCUCCACCUCCUCCUUCGAGAUGCUGGACAUGGAGGCGCCACCUCCCCCCUAUCAGCCCGUCAAGCCUCACUGGUUCUACUGUGGCCGUGCCGACGACAGCACCUCCUGGCUGCCCUUCAGCAGAGAGGACUCUGAGAAGCUGGAGCAGGCCCACGCCGACGUGGGGCCGCGGGUGGAGCGGGUGGUGGCGGUGGAGGGCGAGCGCUACGACGUGCGUGUGGGGGAGCGGCGGCGCCACGCGGUGUACUGGGAGCAGAACCCGUCCGAGGUGCGGCGCUGCACCUGGUUCUACAAAGGAGACAAAGACCUGCGCUUCUUCCCCUACGGCGAGGACAUGGCCGCCCGUCUGGAGGAUGCCUACAUGGUCGCCGUGACUCUGGACGAGUGGAAGACCAAGCUGCAGUUCCCCAGCGAGACGGUCAUCCUGCAUAACCCCAAAAUGAUCAUGCAGUACCAGCCCAUGUCCCUGCAGGAGGACUGGGCGUCGUCUCCCACGGAGCAGACCCGCCCCCGCACGGUGAAGAGGGGCGUGGACAGCAUCUUUGUGACGAUCCCCGACGGGGAGCCCGAGAAGAUCGACCACCUUGUGUUCAUGGUGCACGGCAUCGGACCGGCGUGUGACCUCCGCUUCAGAUCCAUCAUACAAUGUGUGAACGACUUCCGGAGCGCCUCUCUGUCCCUCCUGAGCUCCCACUACAGACGUGGACAGGAGGACGGACGCGUGGGACGGGUGGAGUUCCUGCCCGUUAACUGGCACAACGCCCUGCAUGGAGACGCCACCGGAGUGGACGAGGACAUCCAGAGGAUCACCCUCCCCAGUAUCGGGCGCCUGCGCCACUUCACCAACGACACGCUGCUGGACCUGUUCUUCUACAACAGCCCCACCUACUGCCAGACCAUCGUGGACACGGUGGCCUCCGAGGUCAACCGGCUGGACGCGCUCUUCAGGCAGAGGCACCCCGACUUCAGCGCCGCCGUGUCGGUGGUGGGGCACAGCCUGGGUUCACUCAUUCUCUUUGACCUGUUGACCAAUCAGAAGCCCCCUGCAGGCGACGUGGACGCCGAGGAGGGUGUGAGUGACGACCCCUGCCCCCUGAGCAGCGGGGCCCUGGAGCAGGCUCUCAUCAGACUGGGGCUGCAGGAAUACCUGGCGCCCCUCCAGGGAGAACACCUGGACAUGGAGUCUCUGACGCUGUGUCAGGACGAGGACCUGAAGGCCCUGGGGAUUCCGCUCGGCCCCCGCAGGAAGAUCCUCAGCUACGCCCGCAGGGCUGGCCGCACCCCGCAGGAUUGCAGGGGCGGCACCGUGCUGCUAGCACCUGACCUCCAGGCCCCGCCCCCGGGCUCCUCUCUGGCCAAUCACCACGGUAACCAGUGCUCGUCAGAGAGCACCCAGCAGGCCCAGUUCCACCGGGCCCAGUCCAUCACCAGCGCCGUGGACUACGAGUACUUCAACGUGGGCAUCGGACAGGUGUCCAUCAACUACCCCCAGCUGGUGUUCCGGCCCCAGUCCUUCUUCGCCUUCGGCUCCCCCAUCGGGAUGUUCCUGACGGUGCGCGGGCUCAAGCGCAUCGACCCCAACUACACCUUCCCCACCUGCAAGAGCUUCUACAACAUCUACCACCCGUACGACCCGGUGGCGUACCGCAUCGAGCCCAUGAUCCUCCCGGACGACGACCUGGAGCCCAUGCUCAUCCCCCACCACAAGGGGCGCAAGAGGAUGCACCUGGAGCUGAAGGAGAGUCUGACCCGUAUGAGCGCCGACCUGAGGAACAACGUGCUGGGCUCGCUGAGGACCGCCUGGCACUCCUUCUCCCGGCCCAGCGUGGCAGCCCUGCUGCCCCCCUCCGAGGACGGGGCGGGGGGGGAGGAGAAGGAGGAGCAGGAGACCCCCGCCUCGUACGAGGAGGCGGAGGCCUCCACUUCGGCCGACGAGCCCCCCCAGCGGGAGGUCCAGGUGGGCUCGCUGAACGGCGGGCGGAGGAUCGACCACGUCCUGCAGGAGAAGCCCAUCGAGAGCUUCAACGAGUACCUGUUCGCCAUCCAGUCCCACCUGUGCUACUGGGAGUCUGAAGACACGGCCCUCCUUCUGCUCAGAGAGAUCUACGACCAGCUGGGCGUGUCCUGUGAGCAGCCACAGCAGUGACUCCGCCCUCUGGGUGGGGGGGGCGGGGCUUAACGGGAUUUGCAUAGCGGUUUGAGAUCCUCAGCCAAAGAUCUCCCAGCUCAUGAGGAACGCCAUGAGCUGGGAGAUCUUUCAUGUGACCCUCCUCCCGAGGGUCACAUGACGCCCCCUGCUGGCUCAACAGGGAUGGAUGGCUGCAGUCACGUGACCUCGGCCCAGAGCGUCCCAUUGGUCAGGGGGACAGGGUCACAUGGUUUGGGUCCAUUAGACCAGCAGGAGUCGGACUGUGAAGGCCCGCCGUCUUCUAGCCGGGCCACAGACCCCAGCGUCUUCCAGGGGGUUCGGCCUUCACUCAUCCCUUUAGACGUUGUUUUGUUUUCAACUUUGCACUUUUAUAUGCACUUCUGUACUCCAAACGUACUGCUUUACUUUCAGGCCUGGCUACUAGCAUGUGUGUACCUGGGGCAGCUCUGCUUAUAACGAUGAAAUGUCAAACAUUUCUGUCACGAAUAUUUGUGUUGACCAGAGGAGCUUCUGGUCUGGUCGGGACUGGUUUAGGGUUAGAGGGGGUUAGAGGGGGUUAGAGGGGGUCAGCGGGGGUUAGAGGGGUCCGGGAACCACGACCUGGAACCACUUGGUUUGUCAGGAUCCUAAAUGCUUCCGGUUGUCGUGGGAACUCCAGGUUUCAGUUUUAAUAGUUUACUUUAUAUAAUUUAGUAUAUACUCGAGGCUGCUGCUCCCUGGAUGCUACUAGUGCAAAGUUAUAAUAUAAUAGAAUAUAUUAAGUACAGGCAACUUGAGCUAACUGUAAAUGAACCAAAUGACAGGUUUUUGUAUAACAUUUUAGCAAAGGGCUAGAAUACCAAUAUAUAAAUAUAACUGAAGUGGACAUUGAGGUCAUGCAGUGAAUCAGUAUUUAUAUGAAUAAAAAUGGGCUAAUAGUUUAAUUUAAUCAGAAAAUACAUUACAAGAGUACCGCCUCCGACCACCAGGGGGCGCCAGUGGAGCGUUCGUUUAUAAAGCACACGUACCAGUGUGUCAGAAGACCAAAAUCAUUGGUCACAACGCACAAUUUCGACAAGGGCACCGUCAUGUUUUUGUUUCAUUUUAUCGGUGGCUAUUUAAUAUUUUAACAAGGCUAUAUUCUUUAAUUGCAGUUAUUAGGACUCAAUGUCGGCCCCGGCCAUUGGUUUAAAGGGACCCAACUGUGCUGUCAUCACUCUGCAUGCUCUCUCCUCAGUGCAACGUUCAACACAUCGGUGUAUUAUGUCUGCAUGAAGGGCAGACUUGGUACAACCAACUCCCUAGUUAUCAACUUGAACCAUCAUGCCAGUUGUGUUAUUUUCCAGUGAGGAAACUAAUUUGAAAGACUGCUUGCAAUAAAAAAAAAAAAAACGUACCUCAGUC